UGUAGUUGAUAUGGGUGAGAGAGGCGUGGUGCCAUGCAGCGCUGUUUUGGGGGAUGUAGGAGGAGUGGAAGGUGUUGUGUGGACUGGGGCGAUAUGGCUGCCAUGCCCUUUCCCCCUGAACAGCGAGCACGCACGGGAUAUUCAGACACGGAGAUGACGGGAAUAUAAACAGUAUAAAAGUUUAAAACUGCGGCAGUGCAGUCCUUUCAUGGCCGGCCCAUGCUGCAAGAGUACCUUGCCCUUCUCGGUGUUCAAACGGACUCUCUCUGCGCCACCACGGGGCCCCGUUACAACUUCGCGGCCUCUGCUGUCGUGGGGCAGGCGAAGUGAGAGGGGUACCCAGGAAGGCUGGUGGGCGGCCCGUCCCCCUGCCCUGAAGACGGGGCUGUCUUACCGACGCCCGGUGUUUCUGUGUUUCUCAUGCCAGGAGUCGAUGAGCGAGAGCCUGCGAACCUGCUACCUCUACCUCAAUCAGACCAGCCGUAGCUUUGCAGCCGUGAUCCAGGCUCUCGACGGAGAGUUACGACACGCAGUGUGUAUCUUUUAUCUGGUGCUUCGUGCUCUGGACACAGUGGAAGAUGAUAUGACUAUUCCACUGGACAAGAAGGUCCCACUGCUGCACAACUUCAACACCUUUCUGUACCAGGAAGACUGGCGCUUCACCGAGAGCCAGGAGAAGGACCGGCAGGUGUUGGAGGAUUUCCCAACGAUCUCAUUAGAAUUCCGUAACCUGGGCCAGGAAUACCGGGAUGUGAUUUUUGACAUCUGCCACUGCAUGGGAGUUGGCAUGGCAGAGUUCCUGGAGAAGAAGGUGGGCUCCAUGAAAGAAUGGGACAAGUAUUGUCACUAUGUGGCUGGUUUGGUUGGCAUCGGGCUGUCGCGCCUCUUCUCUGCCUCCCAGCUGGAGGAUCCUGAGGUGGGCAGAGCCACAGACCUCGCCAACUCCAUGGGCCUUUUCCUGCAGAAGACCAACAUCAUCCGCGACUACCUGGAGGACCAGAAGGAGGGCCGGGCAUUCUGGCCAAAAGAGGCAUGGAGUCAGUUUGCUGCCAGGCUGGAGGACUUUGCACAGCCGCAACACCUGGACUCAGCCCUGAGCUGUCUCAACCUCCUGGUGACAGACGCUCUCCGUCACGUGCCAGACGUCAUCAGCUACCUCUCCCGCCUCCGGAACCAGAGUGUCUUUAACUUCUGCGCAAUCCCCCAGGUGAUGGCAAUAGCCACUCUGUCAGCCUGCUACAACAACCCACAGGUUUUCCAGGGUGUGGUGAAAAUCCGCAAGGGACAGGCAGUGACCCUCAUGAUGCAGGCCACCAGCAUGGGAGCGGUGCGGGUCAUUAUCUCUCAGUACAUUCAGGAGAUUCGACAGAAGGUGUCACCCACAGACCCUACACAGGACAGAACGUUACAAAUCCUGGAUUCCAUCCGCGAUAAGAAUCUGUCCCAGGACCCUCUGCCCUCCCGUGUCUCCAGUCUCUCUCCAGUCUAUCUUUCUGCUGCCAUGUUGCUAGCUGCUCUGAGCUGGCAGUACCUGAGUGCCACCACAGGGCAGAACAGCACGGGCAACAUGCAAGGACACUGAGGGAGCCUGGGAAACUGACUGGCAGGCUUGGGGAGCCUUCUUUUUCUUAGGGAAGCAUCCCACCUUUAUAUUCACACACUUGUGACUAAAAAAUAGAUGUAAGGGAUCUUAACGGUGGUUGUCAGCAGGGUAGCACUUUAUUAUUACUACAGUAGUGCUUUUGACUUUAAUUUCUCUUACUCAAUAUGCAGUGGCUGAAAUCAAUACCUUGUCAGUGUGGGUAACACAUUGUAAGCUUCCACAAUCCUCUGCUUACAGGGCAGUUCUUGAGAGGACGUUGUGGUGAUCAGACGAGAACAAGGGAAGGUGGCAGGCCAUUUGAAAUUCAUCUAGCGAUUAAACCGAUUGCAAUUUUAAUGGAAAAUACGGUAUAGCAAGAUUUGUUUUAACACAAAAGUCACACUCUAGUCUGAAAUAUAGUUGCCGUGAAGAGUAAAGGUAAAGUAAGGUAAACGACAAGGUAAGCAUUUUCAUUUCCCCCUUGAUAGAUUCUAAAAGUUAUUUAACAUCCAUUAUAAAAUUAUACUGUGCUAUACCUUGGAAAAACAUAAAAUGUAUUGAAGCACAUUGAAAUCAAGCUAAAGAAUGAUAGAACACACCAUGGUUUGGGGAAGCUAAAUGGAAGUCAAGGCAAGCGCUGUAAAGGCAUUGCAUUAGCAUUGUAAAACAAUGGGAAAACUGAAAAUUUAGUUUAUGCGAGUAAACUUGCAUAAGGGACAGAAAUCAAGCACAAAUCCAACAUUAGGUGUUGCAGUCUUUUUUCAGAUUUUGUUUUUCUCUAGCAUCAGUGUUGAGGUCUUUGUUUUAAAUAAUAAAGAUCACACAUGAUAGGAAGCCAUUUACUGUAGCCCAUCUAGACAAAUUAUUAGUUUCUAAUUGAUCUAAGUAUUUUACCCAACCGUUUCCAAAAAAGCUAGGGUGUUGUCUUUGAUAGCAUGGCUGGGUAAUGUGUUCCAUACUCCUAUAAUCCAUCCUUUUCUGGAAAGUGCAUCCUGUUCUUGCUUUAAAAUGCAUUUCCACAUUUUAUGGAAGUAAAAAGAAUACGUGUCCUGUACAAUAGUUUACCUUCUGUAAGAAAGAUGUUUGUCUGUUCAAGUUAUAUUUUAUAGUGUUGCUGUAAAUGUCCCUCAUUAUUAGGACAGAAUCAAUAAUUAACCAUAAGUUGAUGUGUUAGUUACUACUGUAUAUCAACUCCAGUGAGCAGUUUAAUUGGAGUUGAUGUUCUGAGGUUUUAACCUGAAAUGCUGGUUCAGGUGAUACUACACACUGACGUGUGAAAUAAAAAUAAAAAAACGAGUUAAAAGUUGAUUUAAGAACAAAAUACACAGUAGGUCAAUUAAGAUCCUGCCUUAACUUAAUUCAGUGUAGAGAUUUAAUUGACCCCUAAUGUAAGUGCUUUUGUUCAGAUAAGCCCAUGGUGUUUUUAUGGACUGUGCCAGAGUGUUUGAUUAUACCAACUUUCAGUUACAUUAACACGAUUUUAUUUAUUUUAAAUCCUAUUAAAAGCAUACAGCGUCCUAAAAGAGAAGACAGUGUUUUGGGCUGCUAAAUUCAUUCAUUGCUUGUGUAAGUGAACAACUCACUGUAACAUAUUAAUUUAGUCCUAAUUGCAACCUCUAAGUAGUCAUAUCUGGCACUUUGAGAGACAUUUAACCUUCAGAUAAGAUACAUGCGAUGUUUAAGAUAUUUGUUGAUAUUAUAGUCUUACUAAGCUAGCUCUCAUUGGCCUAUUGACUUGCUGAUAAUGCAAUGCAUGUGUGCCAGUCAGACAAGUUAAAACAUGUUUGAAAAUAAUUUUACCUUUAUUGUUCAUUUUUAAUUUGGUGAUUUCGCUAAACCAACUUAUGUUAGAAGGGUUAAUUACAACAACAAACUUGUAAAAAAACACUUCUGCAUGAUGGAACCUGCAGGAGAGUUAUGGACAGCCGUGCAUUCUUUUGAAGUAUUUGCUGUAUACCAUAUUGCAGCAUUAUUUUGCUGUUAACUAUUCUUAACACAGAGCUUUGUUCUGUAGAAGCUGGCAUGAUUGUAUUUUGAAAUAAAUAAGGUGGCGUUAUACCAUUGCUAUGUAAUGUGUCAUCUUGAUUUGUACAUAAUUGAUUAAGUAAUAAAUGUUAAAAUAGAAA